UUGCCAAAAGUCAGGUAUUUUCGAUCGAACAUUUUCUCUUGUUACUGUUAUUUUGUCGUUGGUGGCGAAAAAUCCGCACGAAAAAAAAAGGCAAUGAGUGUUGGUUCGGGUUAGGCGCGAAAUAGUUCGGGAAAAGUGCGUGUAUAAGAACGGCAGUGUUUUUCUAGUGCCAGCGCCUGGAUUGGUCUUUGGAAUUGGAUUAGUGAAGCACUUUGGUUGAGCCCUUUUUAGCAGACUUCAAGAUACAUUUUUUCAAACCCAGGAGCAAAAAAUGAGCGAAAUCGACCGAUACGUCAACGAGGUGAUCUGUUUGCAGCUCAGCAAACCCCGCAACUGGAAAUGGGAGAUUUCCACCUCUAAAUCUUCCCCCCACAUCGCCCUGCCCACCAUCCAGCUCUUCAACUCCAAGGGAAAGCUUCUAGUGGAAACUCUCGAUAAUGGAACCACCGAGCGGCAGAGCUGGAAGUCUGGACAGGCAUCGUCGUUCCUGCAGCGCUCCAGAAGCGCCAACCUGGAAAGGAAACUCACCAACUGCAGAUCGUCUGCACAGCCUCUACUCAAAGACAUCCAGCGUUGCCGCAGUGACACUGCGGCCUUUAGGCCAAAAUCCCCACCAGUGUUCCAGGUAAAGGUCCAGCGGCAGCCUGAAAAACCUCUAGACCCCCAGCAGGGGUUUGGGUUGAAAAAGUCGCGAAGCGACGUUCUGGAUAUCAAAGUAAAGCCCAAAGUGCAGGACAAGAAGCCAUCCAGGCCGUACCAUCGGCGAUCCAGAAGCGACGAUUUGUUGCGCAAAAGCCUGCGAAACUUCGAUUUGGAGGCCAGCAGGAAGCGCGCUGAGAAGGACGGAUACAUGAACAUUCUGAGCAAGGAGCGAGCUCAGAACCUGGACCCCAACAAGCGUCUGGAUGCGCGUCUUGCCACUGCUGAGACCGUCGCCUGCCACAAGCCCAGCAACUUGGAGAUCACAGAGCUGGCCCAGCCGAAAAAGUACGUUCUGAGGCAAAGCCGGGCAGGCAUUUUAGUGCUCAGUGCUGAGAGCCUCAGAAAGGCCGAUAGGCGUCGAGGCCCCGGGGACUUGCAAGGAAACUCUUCCAGAGUUGAGCAGGGUCCGCGCAAUUUGUUCCACUCAAAGAGCGACGUUUUUCCUUUCGAGCGCAUCCUGCACGCUCCGUCCUCAGACAAGCGGAGUCGCCGCCUACUGGACGAGAACAACAACUGCACAGUGAAGGAGCCGGACAGUGAAAGUAGGGGCGGCCAGUGCAAGAGCGUCAACUUUUCCCAUCUGGACAGCGGCCAUCUGAUCCGCCCAAAACAAUCGCCCAAUCGGAGCUGCGACUUACUGCAGCUGGUGCGUCGCCUCUCCGCCUCCAAGCCCGAUGAAGAGCCCGCAUCCUCUAGGAAGAUACUCAGCGAAAAGAGCGCAAACCGGAAGGAAAGUGGCCAUGUGAGCCACGUAAUGGGCGCGAACGUCAGCCGACACUCCACCAAAGGUCUUUCAGGACGACGCUCGCAGUCGAGCGGCAGUAUUUGCAAUGGAAAAGGGAGGCAUCAGGGCGACGGAAGCGGCGGCAGCCUGCCCAGCUACUUAGACGAUCCGGACUCCGCCAGCAGCCAUCACUGUGAGGACGAAGAACAACCUCCACUAGAUGAGAACCAACGGAUUCCUCCAUUGGGCGACGGCGCUCCUUUGCAUUGGAAAUUCUCCGACGCUCAAACCUCCCAGUGCCAGGAUCAGGGCUACGGGUCGGAACGCUCCCCUGAGGAAGAAUUUGCGCCGCCCCUGCCUGAUCACGAUCUAGAUCAGUGCCAUCAUCAUCUGGAGGCGCAUUCCUGCUAUCCCUUCAUCACGCCAGAAAGCACGUUUACGGUAAAACUCAACAAGGGCUCAAGAGGAUUGGGGCUGAGCGUAGCCGGUGGCAUAGAAAGUGGCGGCUCCUGGCCGGGUUUGGUGCGCAUCAAACGCCUCUUUCCCCAUCAGCCUGCCUCCGCUUGCGGCCUGCUCAAUGUCGGCGAUCUCCUACUGGAAGCCAAUGGGGUGCCUCUAACAGGCCUCAGCAACUACGAGGCCCUUGAAGUGCUCCGAACCGCCACCAAUCAGGUGGAGCUGAAGGUGUGCCGGCCGCCCCCAGAAGUGCUCCACUGUGUCAGCCCCAUUUCGGAAGUGCCGCCGCCUCCACCCAUGCGUAGGGAGCCGCCCAACAGCCUAACCCUCUCUUCCAGCUACUACGGCACCAAUCCGGAGGAUGAUUACUAUCAUGGGGAGUUCGAGGUUGUCUUGACCAAGAUUCGGGGCACUUUGGGGUUCACGUUGCGCAAGGAGGAUGACAGCGCUUUGGGGCACUAUGUGCGGGAUUUGUUGCGAGAACCUGCCCUGACUGAUGGCCGCUUGAAGGCUGGCGAUCGAAUCAUUGCGGUGAACGAUGUGGAGAUAUUUCCGAUGAGCCACGAGCAGGCCGUUCAAUAUCUGCGGAUAUGCGGGGAUAGAGUCAAAUUGAGGCUCUACCGGGACUCGCCCCAAACCCCCGUGACCACUUUGAGCCCCACUGAAGGAUCACCGCGCAGCUCCUUCUCCAAAAAAGCCAACUUGAGGCAAGAGGCCGUGGACAUGUUGCAUGAUAUUGCGGCGCGCAAGCUCCUUCCUUGCCACCAGCAAGUAGCGGCCCGCAGGUCUUUGUCGCCCACUUCUUCGCCUAGAAGGCUGCGCAGACAGCACUAUCCUAGCGACGCCUCCCAAGACUCCGCCACCAGGUACAUCAUACCGGAGGAGCAGUUCCAUGAGGGGAUGGUCAAGUGCAAACUGUUUGACGAGGACUCUGUCAACUCGCUCUUCACCAUUGAUGAUGAGGACUUGGACAGGCCGGCAAGGUACGAGCCCAACACCCUGGAUCUGUACAAUCCGAAUCAAACUCCAGUGGCGGCCCGAAAGCCCCGCUUCAACUUCUCACUCGCUCACAAUGCCUACGAAUUGAACAAUCUGGAUCCAGAGGUUCUGGACGCCCCCAACCUUGCCUACAACCUAGGCCCCGAAGAAGGCGCCGGUCCCGAGGGCGAUCAAACCGAUGGUUACCCGAAAGAACCCGCCAGCAUGCCACAUAUUCCUUCAAAUAAAGCCGCCUUUAGUUAUAAGAACCCGGCUUACCAAUCGGCGCAUCCCCCUUGCAUGGAGGCCUCAAAGGGAGGCCAACCCACUCAAAAAGAAGAGACUGACACGAUUAAGCGGAAAAAAGGAAUUCUGAAAAAAGACUCCAGUAGUUCUAGUAAGCAUGCGGACAAACCCGAGAUCAAGACUGAAAACGUCGAGAAAGUGGCCCCCAUGAAGGACGAGUUUGAGAUACUUGCUAUUGAACUGAACAGAGGCUGGAACAGCCGCCUAGGGUUCAGUCUUCAGGGAGCAGCCGGAGUCACUUACGUGAGCGCAGUUUAUGCAGAUUCAGUGGCGGCGAAAGAUGGCCGAAUAAGACCAGGAGAUCGCAUAAUCAAAGUGAAUGAUGAAGAGGUGGAACACAUGAACACCAACGAGAUAAUCGACUUGUUGCGGAUCGUUCGUGGCCCGGUUUGUAUAUUUGUAAAAAGGAUCAGAUCCAGCGAAGACUGUGACAAAAGCAAUGCAGAGAAUUGAUUUUAGUAGUGAUUAGAUCAGUUUUUUAGUGUAUGUUGUUCGUGUUAUGUGAACGGUGGCAACAGCGGCAUCCGACCAUCUCACUUAGCUUAGGUAAAGUGCAAUUUUCCAUAACGGUUUCUCUUCCAAUGCGGAUGUGGAGGUUGUGGGUUGCUGCUAUUCACAUUUUUUCAAUUUCAAUUCAUCGAGUUGUCGAUCUAACAAAGGCCGGCCAGAGUAAGGAACAGUUUAAAAAACUGCUAAAACUUGGUCUAAAAUAGCUUCGUUUCCUUGAAGUUGAGAUUGAACCUCAGUCUGAUAUUUCGCCCACACACAGAUCAAGUCUAUGGAUAUUAAUCAGGGAAAGUCAUGGUGAAUCAGAACUCAUAAGAAACUCCAACCUAUCAGAACUAAUUUCGACUUUGGAGAAUUGGUUUAAAUCCCCGGUUAUUUGCAACUCCCAAACUUGGGCUAAUUAAUGCAAGCCUGAAUUUUCGCAUAAGUGAAACUUAUAAAUACACUAACCAUAGAUAAUCAAGAGUAAUGAGUAAAAGCCAUUUAAAAAAAAUCCCGGACUUGAGUCGAAAUUGCUCUCGCUUCGGCGUGUCCGCUCAAAAAACCGCAACAUUUCUACACGUUUUGCUAUGAAAAUCCGCAACUUCCAAAUUAAAGCAUACAAAUGCCGAUAUUUUAACCAGAUUCCGUCGAGGCAACUCCCAAACUCCAGCAAAUACCAGGCUUAAACUUUAUCCACUCAUAGGUGAAACUUCAUUGUUCGGAUCAGGUGAAAGCACCAGAGUAACAGGAUUUAAAAAAAAUAUUUAAAGGCAAAGAAAGAAAUUCCUUUGACUACAGCGUGUCUACAGGAAAAAAUUUGUAACUUCCAAAUCAGAGCAGAAAAACGGCUGCAAUUUUUGGCUACAUAUAGAUAAAACUUCAGAGCACUUCCCGAACAAAAAUUAGAAGCAUCAGAAAUUUUUGCGAUUUUUGAAAACCUCUUAAACUAACUCUUCGCAUCUUUUAACAUAAAAAUUUGCAACUCCCAAACUGCAGCAAUUACCAGCCUUAAACUUUAUCCACAUACAGGUGAAACAUUGUUUUGAUUAUGUAAAAGCACCAGAGUAACAGGAUUUUUUUUCAUUUCAAAGACUAUGAAAGUUAUUGUUUUGACGUCGGUGUGUCUACAGGAAGAAAUUCGCAACUUUCAAAUCAAAGCCGACAAUCGGCUGCAAUUUUUGGCUACAUAUGGAUAAAGCUUCAGAGCACCUCCUGAACAAAAAUUUACAAAAAGUCAUAUAAAAAAUGUUGCGACUUUUUGAAACCUCCCGAACUAACUCUUCGCAUCUCCACAUUAAAGACCAAGAAAGAAAUUGCUUUAAACUCGGCGUGUCAACAGAAAAAAAUCGCAACUUUCCAACUCAAGUACCUAGUUAAAAGCCUGAAAGUUUGGCGAAGCACUGAAAAACUCCCAGUGUGCUUGCCAAAGAAAACGUAGAACUAAUCAGGAUUUCUACUGAUUUUCAAAAAAAAUCCCUAAACCUGUGUAGGUUUUUAAACUCCUUAUUUUGUUAAAGCACGAAAUUUUGGCGCUGUUUCGAAGGAACCUUGGACUGAGCCCAGUUUAAGUGGAAAUACAACCGUCAAUUUUGGCUCAUAAAACGCCGAAUUUACUCUUAGCUGCCGCCUUUGGUUGAUCAAACAGCUAGAAGUUAUGUACAAAAUACUCCUUUCGCUUAGAGUAAAACUGUAUUCCUAGAUAAUAAUGUACUUUUUUGAAUAGUGUAAGAUCAAAACGUUGUGAUAAUUUAAACUUUUCCUGCUCUUUGUAUGUGAUUGAAUUGAAACUAUUUUAAGAAAACGGUUUAUUUGAAUUGGAUAAAACGGUUCCGUUUCACUGUUCUGCUCCGUUACACUAUUAUCGAAUUAAACGUAGUAGGUGAUAAAAACUAUAAAUUAUAUAUACCAAUCAAAAGUGGGUUAGAAUUAGUCGAGAACAAUUAUUACUGUAAAAUACGUUUAAGUUUUAAGAGAAAUACUUGUAUAGUCAAAGAUGUUACGUAGAUCUGCGAUGUUAAAUUCGAUAAAUUGUCUUCAAAGUCGGCUAUUUAGAUUUAGUACGAGUGAUUUAAUGGCCGACUCACUCAAGCAAUUAGAGAUCUAUCGAUUAUAAUACGGCACAACCAAAAAAUCAAAUUACAUUCUAAAUUUUUGCCUGAAUAGACUAAUAUCGAGUGGUUAUUUUAUAAGAGAAUAAUAUAAUAAAUUAGGGCAAAUGAGAGUAUAAAAUUUUACUAAAUUAUGGGUGUUAAUCUGGCCUCAGUCGAGUGCCACAUCAACAUCCAUAAUGCCCGAUAUGGGUUUUUCCAGUUCAUUUUCUUUUGUUGUUUGUGCACGAAAUCAUAAACUAUUUGUUCCUUGGCUUGGUUGUUUAGCUGAACGUUAUGUUUUUGUUUCCCGAAUUAUUGAGCGAACCAAAGAGGCGAGAAAGAUAUAUAAAUACUUAAUUCCAUCAA